AUGCCACCCCCGGUCUUUGGGCCUGCCCCACCUCCAGCACCGCCAGCAAACCAGCCACCACAACCCCCUGCACCGCUGCACCCCGCUGCCUUCCUCGGUGCCACCAUCCUCUGCCACGGCUUUGUUAACGCCUACCCGCUGCCCCGCCUUCCUGCUUUCCCGCUGGUGAUCACUGCUACUACUACCGCGCCACCUCGCCAGCCUCGCACCUUUUACCCAUCCAUCCCGCUCCUCGCUUGGCAUCCGGCUCCACUGCCUGACACACCUCCUCCACCACCACCUACCCCUGUCUCCUCCCCUGAGCACCCUUCUCCCGUGAAGGAAGCGCCUGCCCGCGCGUGGCCGCCGCAUGCCAAGCCGCCGUGCCGCGAGCCCAGUUCACGCUUGGCCGCUAAGGAAAAGCCUACCUUCAUCACCAUGACAGCGAAGGCAACUCAACUCAAGACACUCAAGAACACACUGUCCUCCUGUUCCCGUGACCUGCAAGAUCAAGUUGCCAAGCACGGGCUCCUACGCAAGAAGAAGAAACCCCUGGGCGGCACUGAUCUCUGCAAGUUCGCCGCAGCCGCAGGCAUUGGGCCGGUGGCGUCUGCGCAGCUGAACCUGGUGCUACAAUCCAAGGAAUGA